AAAGCCCUUCACUAAUUGUGACACGUUCCUAUCAUUCAUUUGAAACCGAACGCAAGCAUCGAGGAAAACCCGGUGCGGUUAUUCUUGGGACUGUGUGUUCACCUAAAGAUGCCAUUUUGGGCCAAUAUAUGUACAGAUUCGGUAUGAGACACAGUCGGUCGUUUUUAGAAGAUGUGAUAAUGUUCACGAGACGCUGCUGUUCAUCUCAAAUUUUAGAUAGGUUGAACCAUCGCAUCAGCAAAGAAAUAGUAAAGGCUACAGCUAGUUUAUUUUUUAAGGUUGUGCCUGUCUUUCCGUUCUGAUAUUUAGAUGUUUUAGAAAUUUGAAAAGCAAAUGUGUAUUGAAGGACGUGGAGAUUUUGAUUAUCCGAGCGGUCAAUCCGUGGCAUACGUUACUAUCAUUUUGCAAUGAGUUGAGAUGUCUGCCAUCGUAUUCAUUGUUUGAUUUUGAUCCGAAGUUGUAACCUAUUUUGUUUGAAAAUCUUUCUGACAAUAAAAUCCUACUCGGGUCUUUAGGAAUUCCCUAGACGAAGUCAUCUUUUUUUCUGCGUCCGCGUCAGCGACCCACAGGAUCCAACACAAUGUCGGCUAUGGCUGGAACCCAAAUGAUGAUGCCCCCGCAAAGUCUCACCGCGGGUAUGCCGGACCCGGCCACCAUCUCGAAGCAGAAGGUUCAGGACUACAACAUUCUUGCUACUCAGUCACAGAGAUUUGAUUAUGGAUUUCCUAUAUGAAGAUACACCGCAACUGAAGCUGAUAUCAAAUAUCUAAAAAAUCUAAAUAUUUAUCAUGUUGCAAAAAAAUGUUUUUGUAAAGUGUGUGGAUCACUUCUAGGUUCAAUUCUACAACAUCGUCAACUUAAACGUCGUGAUAACAACGCUGUCACACGUGGAGUUGUAGCGUUUCAUCAACAUCAAAGUAUACCCGACCACACCGAAAGACAUUCUCCCGACGAGAAUGUGAUGAAGUGGCUGAAGCGUGAGAAUAGUAAUCACGUUAUGCAUGGUAUGAAUUCGGAAACAAGAAACCGCCAACUACCGUAAAGGCGGAUGAAAGAAUGAUUAUGGUCGAAGAUGGGUGGAAGUACGUUCUCCCCACCUGCGCCGUUUCGCUGCCAUCUUCGCCACGUAUCGCACAGAGCAAGUGUGAGUGAUUGCGCAGCACUUCACAACCGCGACGAGAUCAGCGCAACAACACGGAGCAUUUCCAGAUCAACUCACCACAAAACGAUUAAUUAUACACUAAUGAAAAUCUCAACAAUCUUCAUGUUCUGCAAGAACACCAGUGUGUUGAUUCUCUUUCCUAUUUUCACCAACAGGACGCUUACAUGAAGAUGCUUGACGAGCAGGUGAAGCAGGGAACAGUCGUCCUCGAAGCUCAGGUAAAGCACCAGAAAGAAUAUCUUCUCGGCCAGGCAGAUCAGCAGAAGAAGCAGUUCAUCAUGCAGAUCGGUAUAGAUGCUGAUACUCUUCAUAAAAAGCCUGAUACAUCCAUCGAAAUAUAGCAAAAAGGCAUCCCGGUCUUCAAGUAACCUGUAGAUGUCAUUUGUUUUCAAACCUGAGCAUGUUCAUACGAUUUGAGCGUUAGGAAUUUGCACUGCCUUUUCACGAAUGGAGAAACCAAGAAAUCCUUUCUUACUCACAUUCAGAUAUGGAGAUCAAGCAGCAGGAGAUGGCUUUGGACCAGCAGCGCAUGGAGCAGCUUAUGGCUCUCCAGCAGCAGGCUGCUCAGCAGAAGGCUGCCCUCGAGCAGCAGGCUAUGCAGCUGACCAUGGAGUACCAGCAGAAGAAGGCCGAGGAAGAGAUGCAGAAGCAGCAAUUCGAGAUGGAGAAGCAGCAACAGGACAUGCAGGCCAAGAUGCAGGCUGAAAUGGCUAAGUUUCAGGGUGGCGCUCAGCUCUUCACCGGCAUCGGCAUGCCCGGUCAGUAAAUACCCCAGAAUUUCGUCAAGAGCUGCAACUAGUAAGUACUAGGUGUUGAUGAGGACAAAACUAGGGACAUUGAUGACUGGAACUAAAAAAACGUGGAGAGUCAUGUUGUAAUUGCAGACGAGAUUUGUACCAGAUGAACCAGAAACACUCUCUACCUCGAGGUUGGAUAGUAUUUUUACUUACACGGUAAAAAGUGAUUGGUAUUUUGUCGUCUGCACCACGAACCAUGACACAGCAUAGGUUUUCUAAUGCAGAAGAUGACUUCGUCGAUUACAAUAGGGACAUGUCGAUACAAGCACGAAUGCAUGCUACUAGAAUCAUCAUGUAUGAUCACUUUGUCAUGAUGCUCCUACUGCGGUGCUAUCUCAGCUCCCUCUACUAGUUGUUGGAUUACGAACACUAGUUGGGAUUGGUCUAGAUGGAAGAACAACACGUAUGGUUGACUAGACAUAAAGAAGGCCCUACUGCACUGAAAUGUCGUGGAUGAACUAAGACCCUAAGGCACGAUAUUUUGUAAGACCAUUCUACCGAUGGCUUCUUUGUUGUUGAUGGCGGGGGAGGCUGUCACAGGCAUCUCUUGAAAUAUACCUUUGUUUGGUGUAAGACCAUUUCCACAGAGGUCACUUCUAGGAUUGAAUCGAGGAGGACUCCUUUCUUUCUUUAGAUUUGAUCUGUUUUGAGGUGGCUCCAUGCAUGUUAUUACUACAAGCUUUUCAUUUUAAAGACCUGAGCAGGGUGAACCACAACCACUAAUUCAUUAGUAGAACACUGAGUCAUCCACACGCUGUCCAAUCAUGAGUGUUUUCACACUCACUUGACGUAGGCCUUGAUGAACCCAUCUGCUGUGGUGUAGCUCCACGGUAAAGUUCCGUUUCAUCAUGUCAACGCCCUUGUGGUGUAAACAAAAGAAAUUCCCCGAAAUGAUGAAAGUACGCCCAGCACAGAGCUGAGGUUGAGGCUGCUGCGAAG